UACUGUAAUAAAUUAUGAAUCAUGAUUCAAAUUAUAGUUUGAAUUCUGAAACUAAGUAUCUCCUAUUGAGGCAGAUUACGAACAAAAAAAAAAAACUUUUUCUAACGAGGUGCGGAGACAAAGCAUUUUACAAUAAUUGGUGUAGUUUACUGUCAUUCCUCUGGUCUCAGCCCCAAGAGCCACCAAGAACCAGAUCUUCCUUUCUUUCUUCCCUAUUUUCUCAUUUGUCAUCCAAGUAUCGUUGUCCUUGCAAGAGCGCCCAGAGGAAUUAUUGGUGACGGUCUAAGCUUUGGUAAGACUUUUGUUAGUGGCUCCAAGAAAUUUGUUCUAUUCAGGAGAGCUCUCUCAACUUAUGCAAGAGCCUCAUUUUGGAAUGAGCCAAGUUCCAUCUGGGUGGUGCUAUUAAUUCCUGUGUGGCGACGCCCUUCAAUUACACGUUCAGGGGAAGAUGCAAAACAAUGAAUCUGGCGUAGUGGCCAUGACACAAGGUGAUGAGGUGAGGACAUUGCAUACAAAUGUUUUGCCCCUCAUUGGCGCUUCAGCUGCGUUCCUUCAGCUACAGCCAGAGUCUCCAUUUCAGACACACUACAAGACCAUGGUGACCUCUCUGAUUGCUGCCUGUGUCUAUGUCGUGACCGGACUAGCGAGCAUCAAGUUCAAUGGUUUUAUCAAAGAGGUGAUCACAGAAGUCAGCCUUUUGUCAGGGCUGCUUUCUCCCCUGUUGAUGUUUCUCACCAUGUUUCCCCUUUUGGGGUGGGUCUGUUUGGUUUUGUGAGCGCUUUCGGUUUUCAUAAUCGCUUAUAGAAUGAUAUCUAGUCGGCAUCUUAAACUGUCACAACAAGACAAUCAGCUCAGGAGCAGACCAAGUGACGACAAUGAUGAUGAUGAGGAUGAGGACGACGCAGAAUCUCAGAUGGCUGUGCCUGAACAGAUGAGGAUUGGAAUAGCAGUGGAAGAGGCACGAAAGCAAGGACAAGAACCGCAAGAAGCAGUGGAUAUGAUGGAAAAACGACUGGGUGAUGAUGAGGUACCCGGAAAACAAUGGAGUGGCGCUGCUAAAAGGAGAGUUCUCCAUGGGAAGAAGACGGGGUGAUGAUGUGGUAUUCGGAAAACAUGGGAGGGGCGCUGCAGCCCGGACUAUGUGCAGUAAGCUCCGGCAGAAUGACUUUUAUAGGAGGUUCCCGUUGAAAUACAGGAAGUAGAUGUAGAGAAGUGAAAUGGUUCUUAUUUCUUAACUGUUCUAUGUACCAAAAUUAGAAAUUGACCAUUUACUGGACCUGAGUUUUGGUUGUGCUGAGAACAAAUCAGUUUGCCAAAGAUUUAAGUGUUAAAUGAUAUUCCUUGUAUAAGUUUGCAUACAUUGUCCUUU